UCCACUCUUCGCCGGCCAUGUCCUCCUCCACCGCCUCCUGGUCGCGCCACGGCGCCGUCCCGCCCUACUCCCCGCCGCCACCGGCACCGGCACCGAUACUCGAGCCCAACGGCGACGCCGCCGACCCAGCGCUGCCCUCCUCCUCCUCCCCACCACCCCCAACCGCCACCGCGGCGGAGGCCGGCGUGGCCUUCUUCUCCCGCGCCGGCGCCAGCGCGUCCGCCGCCGCCGCCGUCGGCCGGCCGCGCGCGUGGCGGGAGGCGCUGGACGCGACGGCGUUCGCGCGCCCGGAGAGCUGCGGGGAGGCGCGGGCGCGCGCGCGCCGCAACCUCGCCUACUUCCGCGCCAACUACGCGCUGGCGGCGCUGCUGCUCGUCUUCCUCGGCCUCGUCUACCGCCCGGCCUCCAUGCUCGCCUUCCUCGCCCUCUUCGUCGCCUGGCUCGCGCUCUACUUCGGCCGCGCCGGCGACCGCCUCGCCUGCCUCGGCCGCGAGGUCGACGACCGCCUCGUGCUCGCCGCCCUCGCCGCCGCCACCGUGCUCGCCGUCGCGCUCACCCGCGCGGGCCUCAACCUCCUCGUCUCCCUCGUCCUCGCCGCCGCCAUCAUCGGCGUGCACGCGGCCUUCCGCAUGAACGUGUACCUCGACGAGACCGACGCCUUCGACGCCGCCGUCUCCUCAUUCACCGGGAGCCCCUACGGCUACAGCGCGCUCCCCAGAUGAGCCCUUGAAAAACUUUCCUUCUGAAGAAUGCAAGUUAGAGGAUCUUUCGUCUGGCUCUUCUCAUCUCUUCUUGGAUAAUAGAAGAUGUAAUGCUCUCGGAUUUCAACACUUGUAGUCUAAAUCAUCUUGUGUAUAGGAUUUGUUUUUUUUUCCCUUGUGGGGACUUUCGAUUUGUUUCUAGUACGUACCACUUGUUGUUUAUGUCAAAAUUUCAAGCCGGUUGUGUUGAGCUAAAGGGAAAUUUUGUAAGUUGUUGCUCCAAGGUGCAGGCAAGUGUAAAUCAUCCAUCCAUCCAUCCUACUAACUAAUUCUGGAAAUAAAGCUUCUCAACUUCAGUGUA